AUGGCCCGCGAGCUUGCUGAAUCAAAUCGGCGAGGUUUAACUCCCUCGCGAACUUCACGGAACGAUGCCGUGAAGAAGGGGACCUCCGUCUACUCUGGCGAAGGCAAAGAACGCUUGUCGCUGUCGCGCUGGUUCCGAGAGGUUGACAUCGCUGUCGCCUCGGGAAUUCUCGAGGCUCCUCAAGCGAAGGUCAACUUCCUCCAUAUCCCGUCUCAGUGGGAAAGCCAAGGAGUGGGCUUUGGGUAA